UCUUUAUGCCCCGAAACCGAUUUUCCUUGUUGGACUUACAAGCGGAAGUCAAGUAUCUUCGGAGGCGUUUCAUAGGUGCCCGCGUGGUAAAUAUUUAUGACGUAACACCGACGACAUACUUGCUGAAAAUUUCAGUUCCCUCAAGAAACCAAAUUUCCGUUGAGGAGACCAUAUCUGUUGUAGAAGAGUCUUCCAACAGUAACUGGGAAAAAACCUUUGUUUUAAUAGAGUCCGGUAUAAGAAUCCACGAAACUCGUUUCUAUAGAGAUAAGGCAAAUAUUCCUUCUGGUUUUUCUGUCAAGUUGCGGAAACAUAUCCGUUCGAGGAAAAUACAAGAGAUACGAACGUUGGGUGCCGACCGUGUGGUGGAACUAGUCUUCAGUUCAAGAGUAUUCGAAGGCUCAACAAUAGAGAGACCCUGCAGACUUAUAGUGGAAUUUUACUCUUCUGGAAAUAUUGUUCUGACAGACGAGGAAUAUACCAUUCUUUCUGCGUUGAGAAGUUACAAAGGGCCGUUUGGUGUAACCAAGGAGCCUGUUCAUAUUUUUACAAGAAACAAGUAUCCGGUUCAUCUUCUUCGUUCCAAUAUAUCAUUGUCAAAGAACUCAGUUUUGGCUUUGUUGAAGAACGGGUCCCAAACAGAUAUUGUUCGAAACUUUUUAUCCACUAGAUUGUAUUGUGGCCCACAAGUAAUUGAACACGCCCUAGUAGCUUCAGGUUUCGAGCCCAAGACCAAGAUAAAGGAACUUUUUCUGAAUGCGGAAGACAACGAAGAAGGUGUAUCUCAUAAGACUUUGUCUUUUCUCCAGAGUCUAGAAAGCUUUGAGUCCAGUUUAUGUGAUAAUGAUAGUACUUGUGAGAGCUUGUCUUUGGAACGUGGAUACUUAUUUUACAGGAAGGAUGCUCAUACUACAGAUGUGUCUAUGUCAAACUCCGAACGUUUGUUAUACGAAGACUUUAGUCCCUUUUUGUUAUGCCACUUAAGCAACACAUCCCACAUUGAGUUUCCAACAUUUAAUGAAGCUGUUGAUAUUUAUUUUGCCAAUUUAGAAAAGGAGAGAGCUCAGAUAGUAGCCUCCAAACAGGAAUCAGUAGUUAGCAAGAAGGUAGAUUCACUUAGAAAGGACUUGGAACGUCGCAUCGAUGAACUUGAAAGGGCGAAAGAAGAAAAUUUUAAGAUUGCCGAGGCAAUUGAGUUGAAUGCGGAUGAAGUUGACAAAGCAAUAUGGGUUGUUCGAGCAAUGAUAGCAAAUGGGGUUGCUUGGGAUGAGCUUGAUAAGAUGUUGGAAGAAGAAAAGGAGAAAGGCAAUCCUGUUGCAGAAACAAUUCACUCGUUGCAUUUAGAUCGAAAUGAAAUCACACUUAUGCUGCCUAUCGAUCCUAUAUUAGAAGAUGAGUUUGUGAACGAAAAUUUUCAGUAUCAGUCUGAAGAUAUUACUUACUAUGACGAUACUGAUGAAACAGAAGAACAUUUUCAAACGGAAAGAAUGGUUGCAGAGCUGAAUGCAUCAAAGCCAGUUGUACUUGCAGAUGUGGACCUCUCCUUGAGUGCAUUUGCUAAUGCUGCCCGUUAUUUUGAAAGUAGAAAACGUGCGCAAGAAAAGAAAGAGAAGACUAUGGAAGCCACGAAGAGAGCACUAAAUGUUGCCGAAAAGAAAGCAUCUAAACAAAUGGAACGUUCGCAGCAAAGAUCUUUGAAGCCCGCAGUUGCCAUAAGAGAAAUCAGAAAACCUGCUUGGUUCGAAAAGUUUGACUGGUUCAUUAGUUCUGAGAAUUUUCUUGUCAUAGCCGGAAAGGAUGCACAACAGAAUGAACAGGUUGUUAAGCGUUACAUGAAAACCUUUGACGUUUAUGUCCAUGCUGACAUUCACGGUGCUUCGAGUGUGGUUGUAAAGAAUCGCUUUAGAGACAAGCCCGUACCUCUUCAGACGUUAAUAGAAGCUGGCGCAUUUGCUAUGUGCCAUUCUUCAGCAUGGAGCAGUAAGAUUGUUUCAUCGGCGUGGUGGGUCCAUGCCAGCCAAGUCUCAAAGACAGCCCCCAGUGGAGAAUACCUCACAACGGGCUCAUUUAUGAUAAGAGGAAAGAAAAACUAUCUUCCUCCUUCACAAUUGGUAAUGGGUUAUGGAAUAUUGUUUAAAAUGGAUCCAUCUUGCACAAGAGACCAUGAAAACGAACGACAGAGACGACCUUUGAACGAAGCUGUAGAAGGUCAUUUAAAAACAAAUGAAGACUGUGCAGAGAACGAACCUGAUUUUGACAACUUGGAAACGUUUCCUACAAGUGCAACGGGAAAUGCAGAUCAGUUUUACCAUGAAAACAAUUUGCAAGAAGCAGACGUUGCACAUCUUUUUGACAAAUAUCAUGAGUCGCUUCCAGAUAAUCUGAAAACAUUACAGUUGGAUUCGACAGGAAUGCUGGCGACAAAAGAAGAUGAGCUUGACCAGUUUAGGAGUGAAGAAAAUUUGGAAUUGAUCAAAUAUUCGAGGACGAAGAAGGCAAGAGAUCAUUCGACGCAAGUUGGCCACACAAAGCAAGCUCAACCAGAGACUUUUAAGGAAAAGAAGACUAGUCCCGUUGAUCUUAUAGAGAAUGUAGAUGUAAGCAAGUUGCCUCGAGGAAAGCGAAGUAAAAUGAAAAGAGCGAAGAAGAAGUAUGCUGAACAAACUUUAGAAGAGAGAAAUCUGGCAAUGGCUUUGUUGGGUUCGUCAAAGUCAGAACAAGUAACAUCGUCGACGAACGAAGAGCAUGGAAGAGAGGAAAUAUCAGUUGAUAUUAACAAAGGCUUGAAAGGGAAGGGAAAUCAUAUGGAGGAAGUCAGUAAUUAUACAGAGGACUCGAAAAAUGCCGACGAGGAAGAGAACAACAGUACUGAAAACUUUACGGAUGAAACAAGCGUAGUUAAUUUGUUCACUGGACAGCCAUUAGAGUCAGAUAUCAUUGAAUUUGCUCUUCCUGUUUGUGCUCCUUUCUUAGCAGUAUCCCGUUAUAAAUAUCGUGUCAAGUUAAUUCCAGGUUCCAUGAAGAAGGGAAAGGCUGCCAAGGUUGCAAAUUCGUUAAUGUUAAAGAUGGCAGAGAAUAAUGGAAAUUUUCGAGAUCGAGAUCUAAUACGAGCUAUACCCGAUCAAGACAGUAUUCAAACAAUGUUGAGUAAUGUGAGAAUUCUUUCUCCGGGAUUACAAGAAGUUAUAUCGAAGAAGAAAGGCAAAUAAGUGCAUAUUUGAGAAUAUUGUGUGAAUAUAUCUAUAAUGCAAAAAAUAAGUUUCGAUAUAUUUCCUUUUGUGUGAUGUAUUGUAAGUCAUCGUCACAAAAUAUAUU